GGAGGAAACCCCGGGUUGGCCAUUGCUUUGAAACGAAAACAAGCCAAUGUAAUUUCGAAACACUGUCCCUAGAGUGACUGCUGGCAAUUUAAAAAAGGAUGAGGCGCAACGUUAAGGCUGAAAGUCUGUCCGUUUGGAACCUUGACUCAAACUGCGAGAUGGUUUUGCAUCAGCUUUCUGAUAUGGAUAUAUGCCAACGCCGAGUACAUGUUGGUGUAAACUUUUCAAGGUGACAAAAAAAGCCAUGAACGACUCGGACCAGGACUUUGUUGACCUCUGCUCAAAGCUGUUAAAACGUUCCCGCAAGAAAGGAGUCGAGACAAAACAAAAACGGUCUGACCAGGCAUCAAGUCAGGCCAAGGAUGGAGACCAUGAAAGAUACGAGACUGUCUCUGAGCAUCAUCGUGUCACUGCGCAAUCACAAACUGGUCAUGCACAUCAGGUCAUGGGGAUUACGGUCAAGGGUGAGCAUCAUCCACGAGUUGUACUAGCUCCAGAACAGACAACUGAAAAUGCAUGUGGAGCUAAAGAAAAAUUGAUCAUACGGAUGCAAGAGUUUAAGAGAGUCUGUCCUAAGAUGGUUAACAACAUGGAGCAUGGCAAGGAUUCCUCUCCUUCAGAGUCAGAAAUAGUCCAACCGUCCACUUCCGAUGGCCGUAUGUGUCCUCAGGACAGUGAUGAGGCUCUGGCCAUAUGCCUGCAGCAGCAACUUGACCGCGAGGCGGCAGAGGUCCACACAACUGGCUUGGCAGCCGAGAGCCUCUUUUUCUGCCACAUCUGUCACAGAGACUUAUCUCACAUGACACCUGAGGGGCGCACGCAGCACAUCAACAGGUGUUUGGAUGGUAGUGAGCAUCAAAUGGCUGCUCCCCCGGUACCCCAUCUUCUUCUGGGUGUCCCCGACUGUCCAAUCUGUGGCAAGAAAUUCAAGUCGCACAAGAGUCGCUCUACCCAUUUGAAGCGCUGCUCGACGGCAAUGGGCGUCAGUCCUGCCGUCCUGCUGCAGGCUCUCCAGAGGCAGGCUGAGGAAACACAGCUUGCUGCUGCCAACACUGUCUCACAGCCCGGAGGCACUAAAAGGAAAGGUGUCACUCAGGCAGGCCCGGCAGGGAGAAAGAAGCCACGGAAAAAGACCGAUAUCCUGGAUGAAGACACCAUGAUGGCUCUGGCGCUGUCAUCCUCUCUGUUAGAACAGGAGCGGGAGCAACUGAAUGCGGCAAAAGCACAGACGACUGCCGCUGAUUCCUCUAUGACAUCUGUGUUGAAGUGGAGGCCAGAUGCCGGUAAAGGAUGCACUAAAAAGAAAAAGGGCACCGUCCCACGUCCUCCUCCAAUCCUCCUCAUUCAAGAUCCUGAUGCGGCCCUGACUAGACUGCAGGAACGGGUCUCUAAUCUACUCCUACGCACUAGAGCUCCAUCACCACCUACGCCGACCCGCUGUCCAAGCACCGUGUCUGCCUUGAGCGGUGCCACCCCCCUCUGGCAAAAAAGUGCUCUGCUCACUGGAAAUAGUUGUGUAUUAGACUUCUUCGUCCCGGAGCUUAGAGACUUCAUCACGCCUUGGGAAGCAGCACAACCUCUCUGCACUUUAUCCCAACCCAAUGCCAAAGCUUGCAUCACGCCCUCCUCGACUCCCUCCACUCCGGCCGCCGGGCAGCUUCCUGCUAACAGUCAGGCACUGCAAGACCUUGUGGAUUUGUCUGACAAUGAGAUUGCUACGGACCAAGGCGAACACAUUGCUCCUGACACUGGCCAAGACCAAAACGCCAGUUUUUCCGCAAACUUCCAAAUGAGUGGCUUCUUUCUCGAAGAGAUCGCUGAUGUCCAUGUGAGUGACACACAUACCGAUACAAAUGGCCUCCAAGCAAGAAGGUCUGUGUGUCAGCCCGGAGAAGCUCAAGAGCACAGCAGCCAUUCAUCUGUGGCGCUAUCGAACUUGGCAUCAAACCUUAGCAGCAUGGUGAACAACCCUCAACUCAGUGACUGGCAACUGCAAGUUGACAGUGGCGAAGUCUUCUUUGCUCAUUCCUUCAUGAUAUAUGCACGCUGCCCUCUUCUGGCUGAAAUGAUGCACGAAAGUGGUUUCGGGGUGCAUGAGGAAGGGAUGCCCGCAGCUCACAGGGUGUUGAUCAGCGACGUCCCAGGUCAGGCGGUGUUGAUUCUGUUGGAGUACCUGUAUUCUGCUAGCGUUUCCCUCCCAGCGUCAUUGCAGCCUCAUGUGCUGGAGUUGGCAUCCAGGUUCGAUUUACAGGAAUUGCGGCAGCUAUGUGAACUUCAUACUGAAGACCCAUCUGCUCAAAAUGACGAUGGAGCCGCUAUGAGCCCGACGGAGCGUCUCAACAAGACAGACAUGGCCUUAACAGCACUCUUCAAGUCCAUGUGGAGCCACGAAGACGACGCGGAUCAAGAAGGGAAUGACGAGAACGGUCUGGAAAAAGCUGCUGACGAAACAUCCUGUGACAGGGAGCUCCCCGAGGAGCAGGUGAAUGAGGAAGAGCUGGAUGAGAUUUACGAAUUUGCUGCCACGCAGAGAAAGAGAGAUGAGGAGACGGUGAUGGUUGAAGAAAGCGAGGGAGAUGAUGGAGAGCUGACUGAGCCAAGAGAGACUCCAGAAAGGUUUUGUGACAAAAUCCUAGAGCCUGAAUCCGACAAAUUUCUGGACCGCAACCUGGAGAACAGCUGUAAUCGCAUCUUCUCAGAUUCUGACGGGGUCUACAAAAAAGAUUCCUCUUCCUCGACUCCACCAAGAGCACACAUACCUACAACCCCUAUUUCAACAUUGUCUGGGAGAAAUUUGCUUCACUCCUCAGCAAGUAUUGGCAGCGGCAGUUCCCCCAAUACAUCCAACUUGCCUGUCCCUGGUGUGUCCCCAGACAGGGAUAGGAACUGUUGCACCAUUGGAGUCAAGGAAGUAGUUAGAGAACAAGAACCUUUGGAACAUUGUACGCCUCCAAAGUGUCAAAGUCAAGUUUCUGGUGGUAUUCAUGUCCUGCUCCCUCCUAAUUCACGCCACAAAAAUGAGCCAGAACUGAUAGUUUUGUCAGGAUCAAGUGAGGAAAUGGAGGUAUUCAAUGCUGAACCCUGUUCCCAGAGUCCUAUUCUCACUCAUUCCCAUGCAGGACAGAGCUUCACUCACUUAAAAUCGAGAGAGCCCUCUGUGGAGAUGGAACAGACCAGAAAUCUGGAAUGUAAUAUCACUGAUAUAAGUCCAUCUCCCAAACAACUUAGUCCAGCUGAUUGUUCUCCUGAGCUCUCUUGGUUAAUUCCCUCCACACCAAUCAGCCCCAGUCCCAUCAAAACAAGCAUGGAAAGUUCCUCUCAAACUAAAAUCAGCUCAUUUAGGACAAAGCUGUUCCCAGAAGAGAAUGAACUGGACAGUGCAGAAGUGGACUUAGUGUUUGCGGAACCGAAGCCAAAGACACAUCUCCAGCUACACGUUGACCCUUAUAGCAGCACUCCCACGCAUUUUGAUGUUGUCCAUAACCACGUCCGACCUAACACCUCUUUCCUCGACACAGAGCCUGACAAGCAAAAGUCAUUCAGUCCAGAACAUAAAAGCCCGGAAAGGAUGCAAUUUGAGAGUUUUCAUCUUUCCCCACUCUCUGACCCUUCAGCUCGACAUUCUUCUACUUCUCACCGAAGUCUUCCUAGUUCAGAGAGAGUUAGCAAGUACUCCAGUCUGAGUCCUGCUCGCUCCAGAAGUCACGAUAGCACAGGAGUCAAGACCAAGCCAAUUCCAGAGUUGGAUGAUGACAAGGAAGUAGGUGGAAGAGAAAAAACAGCAUCGCCACAUGCGAGUUUUGAGCAGAGCUUGCUAAUCAUGGACGACCCGCCGAUAGCUUUCAACGACUCGUGGGGUCUCGACGCCUGUGAUGACAUUGCAGGGAAUCCGGGAUGCUUUAGUCCGAGGCUAGAGGAAAGCAGUCAAUACCAAGAACCUAAAAACCUUAUUUCACAGCCAUCUACGAGUAAAAACUGCCGGAUCUCGCCUUCAACCCCUGAUAAGAUCACCGAUACGCCACCAGAUUUAAGUGACAGUCUCCUGGUUGCGAAUAUGCAGGACUACUCAGGGGAAGAAGAAGAAAUUCUUCCUCUUUCACAAAGGCUAAACCUAAAAACUCCACCUUCUUCCCGCAUUAAAAGCCGUCACACUUUAGUACCAAUAACUCCAAUGCCUCACUUCUCUGAUAUGGACACACCGGAACUCAAAAACAAACUGAACAGUUUUGGUGUUCGGGCGUUACCGAAGCGCCAGAUGAUCCUCAAGUUGAAGGAGAUCCAUCAGUACACCCACCAGCUCGUCAACUCUGACUCUGAUGAAGAGGCACUUCCUGUGGGGAAUGGAGCCCAGACAAAAGCCCCUCCCUGCAAGUCUUUGGCUGCUGAACAGGAAGCCAAUUUCAAGGAGCCCAGGGUGCCAGCUUCCCUCACUCUGGCAAAACACACCCGAGAGGAUGAGGGCAUGGAGCCACUAUCAAACUCUCAAGACUCAAAUUCCUCUUCCGUCUCUUCACUUGAUGAAUCCGAAAGGCAUAACCCAGAGCUGUGCCCGUCCUCUGGCGGAGAAUCGGACAGCGAUGGCGGGAUCUCUGCUUCCCAAGCGGCCACGCGCCUUCAAGAUCGCCUGCAGGCCGUGCGCACGUUUAUCUUGUCCGACUCGAGUCUGUACACUCAGAUUCUUCAGUACCAGCCUCUGGUUCUGUCUAAACUCCAAGAGCGCUUAAAAGCGGCAGGCAUCCGCCUCGGCGCCGCCAAGUUGGUGAGCUUUCUGGACUCGCAGUGCAUCACCUUCACCACGGCGAAACCGGGACAGCCCGCACACACUCGCAGACGUGUCAAGAAAAAAGGAACGAUAAAAGCUGCAAGGAAAUGACUUACAGCAGAAGGCUCCAAAGAGGCAUCAAGUGGGAAAAAAAAAAUGUUUUGCAGCUGUUCAACACAGGUACCAAGACUAAAACAUGUUCCUUUAGAAUUGAUCGUUUUAUAAAUAUAUUUUUAAACAAACUUAAACCAAAAAUAAAAGGUUUGUUAUGCAAUAUUGUAAAUUUUCAUUCGGUGUGGAAAAAACACCUAACCGCAACAUUUGAAUGAAACCAAAAACCUUUUGUAUUUUUUGAGCACAAAUCAGGAUGAAAUGUACAAUCCAUUUCUGUUGAUGACAAACUUUUUUUGGCACCUUGAAAGAAAAUACACCGAUAGAAGUUAUUGAGAACAUUUUGAAAAUUUUUACUUGUGCUCUUCAGUAGAUCCAAAAUACAAAGCUGAGCCAGUAAAUUCAAUACAACAGAUGAGGAAGGAAGGAAGGAAGCUCUUUUUGAACAAGAAAAACGAUUAACUUCUAUCAAAUGUGUCAUUCAAGUAGAACAGCCUUUUUUGCAGCAACACAUCACGUCUCGGCUGUUCGGUGAGUUCUGUUCUCCAUAAAGCAGCAUGAAGAUUCAGAUUUCAGCUCGAGCGCCAAAUGGCGAACAAUUCUUCACAAGGAGCAUCCUACAGCCCGACGUGGCUGUCGUCUCGACCCUUGUGGUGCCUUCGCUGUUAAGGCAUUGACACAUCUCCAAAGGGGCUUCAAAUCCUCAGAGCAAUCAUGAGAGGCUUGCAAUGUUAGCAAGGAAGCGCUCGGCCCACCACUCCUCCAGAUCGAUGGGAACAAAGUCUGAGUGGAAACAAAGAUAAAGAUGAAUGACAAUAGCAAGCUAUCUACUUCCACAAUAGAAAACAUUACGAAAAGAACGUGAAAAUGAAGAAAUCUGCAGUUGCCAAAAUUACUUAGACCCAGUGUUGUUUUCGUCCACGAACACUUUUUGUCAUGACGAUUACCAGACGAUAUCGAGCUAAAAAUGUGUCUUGGGAGCCUAAGGGGGCGUUUACAUGGUCACUCUCCGAGAAGACGAAAAAUUUCAUGUUUGUAUUUAUAUGGCUCGGUCUCCAUUCGAACAAUGUCGCAAUACUGCAUGAAAACAUUGUAGUAUUCAUGCCAGGCCCUAGGGGGCAGUGCAGAUUUACAAGGAGACAGCAAAUGAUGCACUUUGACCUCCUCAGCCCGGAAGACAACAUGCCCGCCCACUCCAAGCAAUGGCAUUUUCUUUUGUUCAAAAAGGCACAAAAAUGGAAACAUUCCACAUACCGUAUUGGCCCGAAUAUAAGACUGUUUUUUGCAUUGAAAUAAGACUGAAAAAGUGGGGGUCGUCUUAUAUUCGCGGUCUAGACAUUUUAUCCAUUCACGAAGCUAGAUGGCGCCAGAUAUCAUUGAAGCGAUGUUCUGUCAUGACAGAUCUCAGCUAGUCUCAAGUAGGGCUGCAACUAUCGAAUAUUUUAGUAAUCGAGUAAUCGACUGAAAAUUCUAUCGAGUAAUCGGAUAAAACAAAUAUAUUUUUAGGUGAAGAGCAAUUAUAGAUAUACAUGAGAAAACAAGACAUUUUAUCAUUUUCAGUCAAUCAAUGUCUUUAUUUUUGAUGUAUAUUGUUGAAAACAGCCAACAAUUGC